GCUCGAAGAGGGUGCGGGAAGCGGCGGCGGCCGAGGCGCUGUCAUGGAGUUAGUGCAGGAAGUGCGGGAACUGGUAUGCUGGGCGGCGGAAGAGAUGGAGGCACCCGAGGCAGCCCGAGCCCCCGAGUCGACGCUGCGCAGGCUGUGUCUGGGCCAGGGGGCUGACAUCUGGGCCUACGUCUUGCGGCACGUGCACAGCCAGAGAAAUGUCAAGAAGAUCCGGGGAAACCUACUCUGGUAUGGCCACCAGUGCAAUCCAGAGGCACGUCGGAAGUUGGAGCUGGAAGCUGCUGUCGCCCGCCUGCAGGCAGAGAUCCAAGAGUUAGACCAGAGCCUGGAGCUAAUGGAUCGAGAGAGCGAGGCUCAGGACACAGCCCUGGAGCAGGCACUGCAGGGCAUGCAAGACACCCAGCGGCGUGCUCUCCUCCUCCGGGCACAAGCUGGGGCCGUGCGAAGACAGCAGCGUCGGCUCCAACAUCCCAUGCAGUGGCUACAGAAUCAGCUCAGGCGCCUGCAGGACAUAGAGAGGAAGGCCAAAGUGGAUAUAACCUUUGGACCCUUGACAUCAGCAGCCCUGGGCCUAGAGCCUGAGGUCCUGGGUGAUGUCCGAACAGCCUGUACCCUCCGAACCCAGUUCCUACAGAACCUCCUGAUUCCUCAGACCAAAGGAGGCAGCUUCCUAACCUCUCGAGAUGACCACUUUGGAGCUUCCUACCAGCAGUGGCUUAGCUCAGUGGAGACACUGUUGACAAGCCACCCUCCAGGCCAUGUCCUGGCCGCCUUGGAGCACCUGGCUGCAGAGCGGGAGGCAGAGAUCCGGUCCCUGUGCAGUCCGGACGGGCUCCGAGAUACAGAGAUAGCCAGGUCCGAGGAACCAGACCAGUCAGACUCCAGCCAGGCCCUGCCGUCCAUGGUGCAUCUCAUCCAGGAGGGCUGGCAGACUGUGGGUACACUGGUCACCCAGCGGGGCCCGCUCCUGAAGGAGCAUCAAAUUCUGACCCGGCGCCUGCAGAGCCUGAUGGAGGAGGUGGCAAGAUGUACCCCCGAACCCAGCGAGAGGCAGGCAUUGCUGCUGGAGCUCCGGAGCUGUGGCCUGUGGGCAGAGCUCAAGGCCCUGUGUACCCAGAGCCACGAGCUGGAGGAGGCAGCUGUGCAGCGGCAGCUUCUGCUGCAGGAGCUACAGGCCAAACAACAGCGGAUCCUGCACUGGCGCCGGCUGAUGGAGGAGACACAGGAACAGGUCCGCUUGCUCAUCAAGGGCAACUCAGCCAGCAAGACACACUUGUGCCGGAGCCCCGGGGAGGUGCUGGCUCUGGUUCAGCGAAAAGUGGCCCCCACCUCUGAAGCCGUGGCACCACAGAGCCAGGAGCUGCUUCACUGUCUGGAGGAGGAGGCCCGGCAUCUGCCCCACCUUCUGCUGGGCACCCUGCUUCGGCACAGCCCCAGAGGGUUGCAACCCCUGCCCACAGUCCUGCCGUCCAUCCACCAGCUGCAUCCUGCAUCCUCAAGGGGCUCCAGCCUCAUAGAGCUAAGCCACAAGCUGGGGUUACCUCCAGGGAAGGCUCCAGAGCUGCUCCUUCCAAAGGCCACCUCUCUUCGCCAGGACCUUCUGUUCCUCCAGGACCAGCGGAGUCUCCGGUGCUGGGAUCUUCUCCACAUGAAGACCAGCCUAUCUCCAGGACCAUCUACCCAGGGGCUGCUGCAGAUCUGGGCAUCCCAGGAAAAGGAACAGAAAGAGAAUCUGGGACAGGCUCUGAAGCAGCUGGAGAACCUGCUGAAACAAGCGCUGGAGAAAAUCCCCAAGCUGCAGGGGGUUGUGGGAGACUGGUGGGAGCAGCCAGGCCAAGCCGCCCUCUCAGAGGAGCUCUGCCAGGGCCUGUCCCUGCCCCAGUGGCGGCUGCGCUGGGUCCAGGCCCAAGGCACCCUGCAGCAGCUGUGCAGAUGAAGAGGGGGCUCAAACACGAGUCAAGAGCUUCACGUUUGUUCACUCGACACUUCCCUCAAUAUGGAAGAAAGCUUCACCUGAGUGUGUCAGCCCAUUGUCUCUACCCACACCUGCCAGCCCCCUCACAGGCUGUUCUGCUAUUCCUCUCAACUGCCUUACCCCUGUCCUUUCAUCCCACCGAAGCCAAGAGAAUGGGGUACUCUGGACCCACCCCAGGUCCCCUUGAAACUCCUCUCAUCACUUUCACCCUCAGCAAAAAAGGAUUGAGUACCUGCUCUAAACACUGAGGAUCCAGCACUGAACAAAAUAGACAAAAGUCCCUGCCUUCAGGGAGUUGACGUUCCAGGACAGGGAAGCAGACCACUGACAAGAUAAGUAAGCAAAAUAUCUAGUAUGUUGGAAAAUAACUGCCAAGGAGAAAAAUAAAGCGGGCUUUAGGAGGAGCAAUUUUAAAUAGAGGGCUACACAGCAAAGGUCACCAGUAAAUGCCAUGCGAGGCUUGCAAAGGCCCUGAGUGCAAAUGUGCUGGUGUGAGGGCU